UCAGACAGAAACUUUGAGGUUAAUUGGUGAAAAAUGCCGGAGGAGGAAGAACGAGAGAAAUUAGCCAAAGUCAUCAGACAGUGGAACAACAACAGACUGGACUUGUUCGAAAUAAGUCAACCUGAUGAGAACUUGGAGUUUCAUGGUGUGAUGCGCUUCUACUUUGAGGAUCAUGUUGGAGGAAAUGUGGCCACAAAGUGCUUGCGUGUUGGCAGCAACUCUUUGACUCACGAGGUUAUCGACACUCUUUCAGAGAAGUUCAGGCCUGAUAUGAAGAUGCUGACUACAAGUUAUUCCCUGUAUGAGAGUCACGCCAAUAAAGAACGUAAACUGGAUCUUGAUGAGAGGCCUUUGGUUGUACAACUAAACUGGAACACUGACAACAGAGAGGGACGUUUUGUGCUCAAGAAAGACGGGGAGAGUUUGGAGGAAAACUGUCACGAGAAGGAAAAAGGAGGCGUGAUCCAAAGCUUCAAGAGGACACUGUCAAGAAAAGAAAAGAAGAAAGAGAAGAACAAAACUAAAACGACUGACAAGGUUUCAGAGGAUGAGAAUGGGUCAACUGAAAAGCUACUGAACAACAACAACAGCAUUUGUGUGUCUAACCAUGAGAGGAAAAAGAACUGCACGGAGAACAAAAAUCAACAAAAGCAGGCCGCCCUGGGAGGAAAGACAGGAAGUCUUUUUCCAGACUUUUCAGAUCAACCAGGAUUACCAAUUGGAAUUAAAUGCUGCGAUAACUCUGAGGAAGCCUUCCUGUCUGCAGUCAUAAAUUACACCAACAGCUCCACAGUUCAUUUCAAGCUCUCACCUGCAUACAUCCUCUAUGCUGUGGGACGCUUUGCUCUGCAACGCCAUUACAGGCGAGGCUCUCCACCCUCGGGGCAGACACUCAGCAUAACUUCGAUCACAAACAAAAUGGUGGCCAUGACAGAGAAGGUCAUCCAGAGACAGCAGGCCAUCGCUGGGGCUCUUGCCUUUUGGAUGGCAAACUCCUCUGAGCUACUGAACUUCCUCAAGCAUGACAAAGACCUCAGCUCGCUCACACAACAAAGUCAGCUGGAUCUGUCCCACCUGGUGCACAAAGCUUACAGUUAUCUGCUACAGUGUCUACAGAGUGAAUUAAGGAAGCACUUGCCAACUUUUCUGAUUGACCCUGAGCAACAUGGCGCGCUGCCAGCUGGUAUAGAGAUGGUGCUCAACACCUUGAUGAACACCAUGUCUCUAUUACGCCGCUGUCGGGUCAACCCUGCCCUCACCAUCCAGCUCUUCUCCCAACUCUUCCAUUACAUCAGUGUCUGGCUCUUCAACCAGCUGAUGAGCCCAGAGGCCGACACCCCAGGCCUGCGCUCACACUACUGGGGAGCUGCUCUCCGCCAAAGGCUCACAGCCAUCGAAGCUUGGGCGGAGAGGCAGGGCCUGGAGCUGGCUGCUGACUGCCACCUCGGACACAUCAUCCAGGCAACCACGCUCCUGACCAUGAACAAGUACUCAAUGCAAGACGUGAAGGCUAUCCACAAUACCUGUUUCAAGUUGAACUCACUGCAGCUGCAGACGUUGCUAUCCGGCUACCUCUAUGCAACCAAUGAACCUCACAUCCCCUCUGAUUUGAUCGAUGCUGUAGCGACGGCUGCAGAGGCCUCGGCAGAUAACCUGAUUCGGAGCGAAGGACGGGACAUCCAGAUGGAGGAGAGCCUUGACCUCCACCUGCCCUUCCUGUUGCCGGAGGGAGGAUACUCCUGUGACACUGUGAGAGGAAUCCCUCCAGGGUUUAGAGAGUUUUUGGAGCCGAUUUGCCGGAAAGGUCUCUGCUCUUUGACAUCCCAGCCGAACUCCAAAGGUGACUGGACUGUGCACUUCAGUGAACCAACUUAUGCAGAGAGCACAUACUUGGCAGCACACGGAGAGCCAGACAUUGUGACGAUCACACUGAACAAACCUCUGAACAGUGGGAUGGGAGUCAGCAUUGUGGCUGCCAAGGGAGCGGGGCAAGGCAACCUCGGGAUUUAUAUCAAAUCUAUUGUCAAAGGAGGACCGGCUGAAAUGAACGGCAGGUUAACAGCUGGGGAUCAGCUGCUGAGUGUGGACGGUCAAAGUCUGGUCGGCCUCAGCCAAGAAAGGGCAGCAGCCAUCAUGAUGCAAACCGGCCCCGUUGUGACCUUACAGGUUGCAAAGUUUGGAGCAAGUUACCACGGCCUUGGAGCUCUGCUGAGUGAGCCGACCCCCGACAGGACUACAGGCGAUAACAGCCAUCCUAAGCCAAAUGGCAAAGCACUGAUGCUGUACAGUGUUGUGGAUCCUGGCCCAUCAGAUCAGCUCCAUGGAGCCAGCAGAAGGAAAAAAGAGCAGAUGAUGCAGAGAAACAGACAACUGUAUCGCUCCAACCCCAACAUGACAGCAGAUUUCUCCCCCGAGGAUAAAGAUGAACCUGGUGACCCUGUUGUGAGAGGGAACAACAUGGCUGCUGUCUCCAGUGUCAACCUUUGUGCUGAUACAUGUCACAGGGAAUACCUGACACUGCCGAACCCUAAAUCCCAGGACAAGAAUUUAUCUGACUCCAGUCGAACACAGCACACACUAAAAGUGUCUUUGAGGCCUUUGGAUGGACAGAGCUCCAGUAAGAGGACCUUCAUGCGCCAGGCUCUGUCACAGGAGAACCUGUGUGUGGACAGUGGAGGCCCCCUGCUGGACAAAAGUCAGAACAUGUGGGAGCAGAAGAUGCAGCGUACAAAACAAACAAUGAGCCACUAUUCAUCUUUUCCAAUCCGCUCAAGUGUUUCCACUCAUGACAUCCUCUCAGAUAAUUGUUCUCCUACAAAACAGCAGCAGGGCAGCCGUACAAGUGGCGCCGGUGUCUGGAGAACUCCUUUCUCACAACAUCCAACACCGACGCCGUCCAACCAGCCUGUACGCAUAGACAUCCCUGUGACCAGAGCGGUGAACGCACACACAAAUCCUCCUCUCACCACCUUCCAGAGUUCAUCUCUGCUGGCUGUGAGGAUGAGCCAGACCCUUAAACUAAAUGGAAGUAAAAACAGUCAUGUUUAUGCCUGUCCCGUCACUGCAGUGAAGAAGCUGCCUCACACCUCACAUCUAUCAUCACAGCAGAGAUCCACCACACCCAGGGAUCAAGCUGGAAAACCCCAAGUAAGCAUCACUCCAACAAAACACGUCUCCUUCCAAGAACCUCCCACUCAGCAGAAGCAGGGAUCAGCUCCUACAAAGCCCAGAGACCCUCGGGAGCUGUGUGACCCCUGGAGGAGGGAGGCCCAGGAGAAGCUGGAGGAGCAGCAGAGGCUCCAUGUGGUGCAGCUCCUGGAGCAGGAGGUGCAGGAGCUCCAGGGUAAAGCCAGGCGCACGGCGGAGGAGAACGACCGGCUCCGAAGGCUCACCCUGGAGUGGCAGUUUCAGAAGAGGCUGCAGGAGAUUCAGCAGAGAGGAGAGGAUGAGGAGGAAGAUGAAGAUUUGGACAUGAUGGUGACGAUACAGCAGCUGGAGAGAAGAACACAGACCAGGAGAAACUCUGCUGGGAACACCGAGUUGAAAGAGUUGGAAAAGCAGGCGGGAACUCAUCCCUCCCAACAGGAAGACAAAACUAGGACAGAUCAAAGAGGAAGCGGACGGAGUCAGGACUUUAACAACAUGGCAGCAAAAGAGUGAGUUUAAAAUUUAGUCAAAUCUAACAAGCAGCUAUUAAUGUAGCAUUUCUACUCAUGAUGAC